AUUUUCUAGUUGGCAUUUAAUUCUUUAAGAUGAAUAAAAUCCAAGACUUGUCUCCUUCAAAAAUGGAUGACAUUGAAAGUAUGUCUGAUGAUGAAGAUGAAAAUUUGACAUAUGAACAACAAAGAGAAAAAAGAAUGAAAAAAAAUGAAGAAAUGUUGGAUAUACUUGGUGUAAAUCAAGCUGCAAAGACAUUGGUAACUUCCAUACAAAAACACACACCAGUUAAAACAACUAAACCUAAAAAUACAAGCUUAAAACCCGAGAGACGUUCAUUGAGAAUAGCUCAUUUGGCAGCACCUCAAGAUUAUCAGCUUCCUGAGGAAUCUAAAUUAGAAUCUAACAAUCCUAAAACCUCUAAGAAUAAUGAUUCUUAUGGUACUGAUUUUAAAAAUCAAGAUUCCAUAUCAAUACCAGAAGAAGACUCUGAUUUUGUUGAAAAACUGAAUGAUGACCUAGCCAUUAAGGAAGCUGUUAAUGAUUUUCAUAAGUUACCAAGUCAUAAAUUUAUACAUGUGUUAAGAAGUCUUGAUAUGUACACACCAUCAGUAAAAGUGUCUGAAAAACGUAUCUACUCACUUGCUAUUCAUCCUUCGGAAACAUCUUUGACAGUUGCUGCAGGGGAUUUGAGAGGAAACUUAACUUUGUACAGCAAUAAAAAUUCAGAAAUGCGCGAGUAUAGACUUCAUGAUGCACCUGUUAAUUGUAUUUCAUUUUGCACUUGGGAUCCAUACAAGUUGUUUUCAACUAGUCAUGAUGGAUCAGUCAGAUGUGGUGACAUUGUUAAACGAACUUUUGAUAUUAUCUAUAAGACAGAAUGGAAGGGUCAAAGUAAAUCAAAAAUGAACCAUGCUACCUGGCACACUGAAUUUGAAAGAAAUCUUCUCAUAGGAAAUGGUUCUGGUCAUGUAGAUAUGAUUGAUACACGAACACCAGAUAAAAUUAUCAACACUGCCUGGUGUCAUGAAAGAUCUGUGCGUACAGUUCAAUGCCACCCAUUGGAAAAACAUUACUUUUUAACUUCAUCUGGAAUUGGAGAGGUUUCCUUGUGGGACAUAAGAAAUAUGACUGACCAAUCAAUUAAUCCAGUUUUACAAUUUGAACAUCCUAAAUCAUUGACAAGUGCAUUUUUUUCUGCCUCUGGUUCUAAGAUGGUGUCUACAUGUAAUGAUGACAAUUUAAGAAUAUUUAAUACUGAUAGAUUAAAUUCAAGUUGUACAAAGCCUAUAAACAUAAUUCCACAUAAUAAUCAUACAGGACGAUGGCUUUCAGUAUUUAAAGCUAAAUGGAAUCCAGGAAGAGAUAAUGAAUUCUUCGUUGGAUCAAUGCUAUCACCAAAAAGGAUACAAGUUUAUAAUUCUGCCGGGCAUGUAUUACAUAUUCUGCAAUCUACAGAUAUGACUACAUAUUGUCCAGUCAUAGAAGUACAUCCCACUCAGGCUAUUUAUGUCGGAGGAAACGGAUCUGGCCGUUUACAUAUAUUCAGCACCAAGGAGCAAUUAACAUAAAAAUUUUUCUUAAAUUAUUGAAUUAAGUAUUUUUAUUAAUAUAUAUAAGCAAAAUAAAUUAUAAAAUAUACUGUUUUUUACAAACACAAAUCUACAGUUCAUUAAAAAAUACCAUUUUUUAGUAAUAUAAUAUAAUAUCUAAUUAUUUAUUAAUAGCUGUUAUAUUGUUUUAUAGCAUAUUGUACAGCAAAACUAGGAAUGUCAAAAUCAAAUAUUAUGUAACUGUCAAAGUUUAAUGAGUAAUUAUUUAUAUUAUGUAUAAUAUUUUAAAAUGUACAAUGUAUGUAUAAGCUAUGUGUGGUUGCCUUCCUAAUCAGUACUAUCUACCUGUAUAUUUUUUCUACCAGUGUAUUUUUUAUUUUAUUAAUGUUACUUAAUGUCGUUAAAACAUCUUCUAUACCAUAAUGCGUUGACUAUUUGCAAAAGUAUUAAUCCAUACAAAAUAAAAUACUGCUGUAAUCAUUUUAUCGUUUAUUAAAUAUACUGUAUGUUCAAUCAAAUAACAUAUGUUAUUAAGACAGUGUUCAUUUUGUUCUAGUUUUAUUAUAAGAAAUUUGACUGGUAUUUUUGUUGUAUCUACGAUAUUGGAAAUUUUCCUAAGAUAGCUUUCAAUAUUGGUUAUCCAACACUAUCGAUGYAGACAAUGUUAUACCAAUGACAGAAGUAAUUAACCAAAAAUAUGAGAUUGUGAUUAUAUUAUGUUGGUUUAAUAUAAUUUUACAAUCAUGGUCUUACAUAAAAUUCACUGGAAUCCUCUUAUUCAAUAAUAUUUAUAUAGAAAUGGUAUACGAAUGUAGGGUGGCACAUUGAACAGCUCUUAAUUUUCAUGUAUCAGUCCCUACAUAACCCUAAGGUUAACCUAACCAAAUUUUGUAGAUUAUCAACAUUUUCUUGUUUUUGGAAACUUGUGUUCUACUCUAUAAGUCAAAAAAUUUACCAAUAUAUAUAUAUCAUGUGUUGUCAAUAUGGCAGCGGUUCUCAACCUUUUUAAGUGUAUGCAUACCACCUACACAACUUGAAAAUGUUCGUAUACUAUUUAACCAAAUAACUUUUUUUUUUUUUGUGUAUGGAAUAUUAUUACUCUAGGAACUACACAAUUAUGAUUGUUUAAGCGUUUAAUUUACAAUUAAUGGAAAAUUAAAUAUUCACCAUCAUUUUUGAUAUCAAAUAAGGUAAGUAAUAUUGAUCCAUUACAGUUUUUCAUGAAUCAAGAUUUUCUUUGUGUACCACUUAUGAGCUUUCUACGAACCACAGGUUGAGAAAUGCUGGUCUAUGGGUAUAAUGAAUUUAACAUACUAUUUUUUAGAGUU